UAUUUCCGGUUUCCUAUAAGUGGUUGUGUGAUGUUGUGAUGAAUGAGAGGGGGGGUCGGACAUGGAGGAUGCAGUUGUUUCCUUGCUGAUGGUCGCUUUCGCGAUGGGGCUCCAGUGUUGCCUGGGACACCUUGAUGACCCCGAUUCUUGCUCCCCUUCUCAGUCACUGCCCAGUCCUGCGCACAAGUACAAAAAAGCCCCCAAUACGCUGUGGCAGCGCUACCUAAACAACAUAGAAGAAGGCCUGAAGGAGUAUUUGCCCUGCCCAAAAGACGACUUCACGUCUUGCUACAAGGAACUCAUCGAUGCCGAUCUCUCCAUCUUCCAAGAAGGAAUCACUCGGGACAUGUUGAAUUCGGCCAAAGUCCUAGGCACACGUUAUCAGAUCGUCGGCGGGAAGUUAUACCGACAAGGACGAUGCGUGUUCCCAGCGAGAUGCCAGGGGAUCGAGCAUUUCAUCCUCCAAGUCGUGGAUAGAUUACCCGACUCGGAAUUCGUCGUCAACGACUACGACUGGCCGAAAGUCCCAUUACAUCACACCCCCGUUCCGGUGUUUUCCUUCAGCAAGACGGGGGAAUACUUGGACAUCCUAUAUCCGGCGUGGUCGUUCUGGGCAGGAGGCCCGGCCAUUUCCCUCUACCCGACGGGACUCGGAAGGCCAGUCGAUGCGUGGGACGAGCAUCGGGCAUCCUUGUCGGCAGCGGCGGAGAAAUGGCCUUGGAGGAAGAAGAAGUCGCAGGGUUUUUUUCGCGGCUCACGGACGAGUUCGGAGCGGGACCCGCUCGUCCUCUUGUCGAGGACCGAGCCCGAACUGGUAGCCGCUGCUUAUACCAAGAAUCAGGCGUGGAAAUCCGAAGCCGACACACUGGGCGCAGACCCAGCCCCAGAGAUCUCGCUAGAGGAUCACUGUGAGUACAAGUACCUGUUCAACUUUCGCGGAGUGGCGGCGAGCUUUCGUUUCCGUCAUCUCUUCCUCUGCAAGAGUCUCGUGAUCCACGUGGGCAACGAAUGGACUGAAUUCUUCUACCCUCUUCUCAGGCCGUGGGUCCAUUAUCUUCCUCUCCCAUCUUAUCCGACCCAGGAACAGAUCAUAGACAUCUUGGAGUUUGCGAAAGAAUUCGACAAGGAAGUAGAAGAGAUCGCAAAUCGGGGACGUGAGGUGAUCUGGGAGCAUUUGCGGCCGAAGGACAUCACAACUUAUUGGGAGGAGCUCCUUCGGUCAUAUUCCAAGCUUUUGAAUUUCAAACCAAGUCUUCUUCCCAACAUGACUCGCAUUUCUUGA